AUGAUCCGCCAGGAGUUCAAUAAGGUUGAUCCCAAGCGAAGGGCUAUCCUUGACCCGAAAAAGAAGCAAUUUGCGACACCGAUUUUCAAGCAGCAGGACUACCCAUAUCGAUUGAACUUCUACGACACACCUCCGACUGCAGAAAUAACGCUUGAGCAAUUUGAACAAUGGGCCAUUGACAGAUUGAAAAUUCUCGCCGAAAUCGAGGCAUGUUCAUAUCGAAACAAGACUGCGGCCGAGACGACUGCGCAUAUCACACCCCUCCUCCAGAAAUUUCUCCCUCUCUCUUCCAAUACAUCAUCUCGAGCCGGCGCAGCAGACCCCAGACUCAGAAAUGAACGACAGAAGGACCAUUACUCGCACUUUAUUCUCCGACUAGCCUUUGCAGGCACCGAAGAUCUUCGCCGACGAUUUGCGCGAGCAGAAACUAUGCUCUUCAGAUUUAGGUUUCAAGCAGACGACUCAAGGGAACGACGCGCAUUUAUCGAUAGCUUGAACCUCGAUUGGGAAUCUGUGAGUGAUGAGGAGAGGCGGGGGGUCUCUGACCAUUUAGUCGCCGCGACGCCAGGGUUGCGCCGCUCGGACGAGGAAUCUUGGUACAAGGUGGAUUGGGAAAAGGUACCCGAAUUGGUCGAAAGACGGGCUGUUUUCCUAUCCAAAGGAAAAGCGUACGUACCCGAAAGAGAGCAGCUAAGCAUGAUCAUUGCCGAAUUCACAGCUCGACUAGAGCGUGCUUUGGAGCUCACAAGCAGGGCUUUGCCGCGACUAGAUGAGGACGAUCGUCUCUCCCCUAUCCUAGACCACCUAUCUAAGAAUUUUGGAAGCGCCGAGUCCGUAUAUUCCGAAGGCGAAGGGUUCGUGGAUGGGGCUCCGAUUACCGCCGGUAGCGUCGAUGCUCUUUCUCAACAUUUCCCGCUCUGCAUGCGCAGCCUUCACAUGUCACUACGCAAGAACAACCAUUUGAAACAUUACGGUCGAUUGCAGUACACUUUGUUCCUCAAGGGCAUUGGUUUAUCUCUCGAAGAGUGUAUUCUCUUCUGGCGCCAAUCAUUCAAGGGCUUUACUGACGAUGAGUUCAACUCGCGAUACAAGUACAAUAUCCGCCACGCCUACGGAGAUGUGGGUGGUGAUGUCAACCGAAGGGGCCGCGGCUACCCACCCUAUUCAUGCCAAAAGAUUCUUAAUGAUUCGAACCCCGGUGUUGGGCAAACUCACGGAUGUCCGUAUCGGCACUAUUCUGUCGAUAACUUAGUUGGGCUUCUUCAGUCUACUGGUGUGCACGAUAAGGAACUGCUGCGCGGAGUACGAGAGGAUGUGGAAAAGACUCGGUACCAUAUUGCCUGCAACCGAGUUUUCGAGUGGGCUCAUAAGACUGAAAUCAAGAGAGCCAAAGAAGACGGCUCCGCGAGCGAAAUCGAUCUCGAUACCAUAGUCCAUCCCAACACCUACUUCAAGCGCAGCUAUCUGCUUAAGCAGGUUGGGAAGGCACAUAGAAAUGGCUAG